AUGUUUUUAGGCAGUCGAUCAGGGGUCGGAUUAACGAAAGAAUUAAAUCAUUCAAUCAAUCAACGAAGAAAACAAGAACAACACUGGGAAACGUUCAACACAAUCAAACAGACCGAUGCCAAACAACGAUUUGCUGCUGAGUGGGAAAGUAAAACCACAAUCAAAAUACAAAAGGGACAACUUCAAAAGAGGUUGGACGAGCUUCGGAAAGAAAAAGAGCAAGAUCUAGAAAGGCGCCGCAAUAAACUUGCAGAAAAAUUAGCACUUGAGGAUGAACAGUACAAGCAAGAAUUAGAGGCAACUCAAGAAACGACUGAAGAGAGACGUAAAAAGCUUGAGCAGCGAGCAAAGGACUUGAAAGAGCAACGAAUUAUGAGAGAUCAAAUUGCUUCCCGAGAGAAACAACACCAACGAUUUAUUCAAAAUAACGACAUUCUUCGUGAUGCAAAAACAAGAACUAAUACUCUUAAAUGUGCAGCCGACAGAAUGAGGCAACAAGAAGAAAAAGAGGAGCUUAAAAUGAUUGAGAAAGACAGAGAAGAAUACUUUACCCAAUUAUGGGAGCAGGAUAGGCUGAAGAAGGAAGACAGGGAACGUUCAGAACGAGAAAAACAAUGGAUGAUGAACGAACAAUUAAAACAGUCUCUUGACGACCAAAAGAGAAAACUGGAAGAGAACAAGCAAGAAAUUCAGCGAUUAAAAGAAGAAGAAGGAAAUUUAUUAAAAGAGAAAUGGGCUCUUGAAGAAGAAACGGAGAGAAGAAAGCAAAAAGAAAAGCAACAACGAUUAUUAGAGCUUCGUAACAGAGUAGAAAAAUUCAAUGAAAUGAACCGAAAACAAAAGCAAGAAGACAUGAGAAGAGAAAGAGAGCUAGAUCUUCAAUUCUUAAACCAUAUACUUGAGCAGCAAAAUUUAGAAGAAAUUAAGGAAAAGGCAAAGAGAGAUAGAAUUAAGGAAGAGGCUAGACAGUACCAAAAAUGGAUUUUGGAGAUGAUGAAGAAAGAAGAAGAGGACACAAGACAACUGGAUGAUUUAAUAAUGCAAGAAAACGAACGAUCUUGGCAAAAACGUCUCGAGCAGUGGAACAAGGAACAGAAAGCUAGAGAGAAAUUAAUGCAAGAAGUAAUGGAAGAGCGACGAAACCAAAUUCAAGCACGACUUGAUGAGGCUAAAAGAAGAAGAGAGGAAAGCCUUGCAGAGCGUGACAGAUUAAAACAAGAGAUGGUUGAGGCACAAUUGCGACAACAAGCUGAAUUUGAAGAAAAACGAAGAUUUUUGAAAGAAAACCAAGGCGAUAUUUUAGAUCAAAUACGGUACAAUGAUUUCAAAAAACAGGAAAAAGAAAAACAAAAACAAGCAGAACAACGUGCACAACUCUAUGCAGAGCAAAUGUAUCAACAAAAACUCAAGGAAGAACUUGAGAAACUGGAAAGAGAAAAGCCAGCUCAGUUCACUCAUUUAAAAGUUAGAAAGAAUAAUAUUUUUUAG